AUGAUCAAUGCAUGGCAUAGCGAUUCAUCCUUCUGUACACAGUUGAUCGACCCUUUAUCAGCACCUGAAUGGCAUCUGACGGCCCGGCGCCGUCAAAUAUUAUGCGAUCAAAGUCUUCGACAACUCAUACAUAGACCAUUACUUUUGAAAUGGUUCAAAAAAAAGUCCAAGGAAACCGAACAGCCACCUGAAGCGCACUCGGCAGAAUCUCGCUGUCGUGCACAGGGCCUGAACGUUGCUCGAAACACAAUCGGACUGAUAUCAGAAUCUAUUACCAAUGGUUGUUACUCCAGGUUGACCCUUUCGUUCACAUUGUGA